AUGCCAUUGGAUCGUGCGUUAUACAGUCAAUUAUUGGAAAUAUUGACGUUGUCAGAGAAGGGAGAUACGGAGACGCAGAAGUAUGUGCACGAAAGUCUAGCAUCAUUUCAAAAUAACAGAGCAGAUGUACCGCUGUAUUACCUAGAGGCGUCGUUGUCAGGCCCAACGUUCCACACCAAGCAGAUGGCACUGCUGCUGCUAAAAAACAGCGUGCUUCAGAACUGGAAUAAAACUGACCCGGCGAUCCAGUCAGUGAUAAAGAAUGAAAUAAUUAACAUUGUUAAUUUGAGAGAAGUAAAGUUGAGGAACGCAGUAGCCUCCUGCUAUGUCUCCAUUUUCAAUGUCCAAGGCUACGAUCAGUGGCCAACAGGACUAUACAACUUACUGUCAAUAAUUAGUAAUAGUGCUAGCACAGUUGGAAGUGAGGAGGUGGAUGAAGUGGUUGAAACGGCAGUAGUAACUUUAGUGAUGAUUUUGGAGGACACAAUAAGUAAUGGAGCAAUGACACCAAAUUAUUUAAAUUAUCUGAAAUCAGAUUUCAUCGUCAAGUUAUUCCAAAUCACGUCUAAAUCACCGGCACUAACCGAGAUAACGUCCAGAAUACUGUUGACACUAUUAGAUUCGAAUGUAAUAUUAGAGUAUUUGGUGAGUGAUUUGUUUGGCCAGUUUUGGAACCUUCUGGGAGUCAUGGCAACACUGGACAACUAUAACGUAAAAAAGUGCGUACUCAAAGCAAUGCAUAACCUCUGGGACCUCGUGCCAAUGUCAAUUCUGCAGUCCUCAGACGCACUAUUCCCCUUCAUCAGCAAACUCUGCUCAGAUGACGCAUAUACAAUUCAAAUUGAUGCUCUGGAUUUUUAUACGCAUAUUUUACAGUCGCAAUUGUAUACCAGCUCAAAUAACCAGAUAAGAUGCUUGUUGUUGGGGAAGAUGGCAAACGAGUUUGGAACCUUGUUGAAGACUUUGGUGGAUAACACGAAGUAUUCGUCGUGGGACUACAUGUCAAUGGAUAGAACACACUUGGAAGAUGACAACGCGAAUAUCCCAGACGAUAUGCAAGACGUGCCAAUAAAGACGAGAGAAGAUGAGGAGACAAAUACAUGGGGGAAUACCUGGACAGUAAGGAAAGGGUCCGCACUGUUGCUAGACACGAUUUCACAAUUGUACGCACAAAGUAACCCAGAAGUAAUAAAAAUAUUACUAUCAUAUAUACAAGAGAAACUUGAUAGCACAGACUGGGAACUUAAGGAGUCUGGAGUGUUGACUCUGGGAGCGAUUUCCAAGGGCUCACUGUACACGCUUUACCCCUACUUACCAAAGGUAAUUGACUAUUUAAUAGUUGUCGCAACUGACCCAAAGCCGUUGCUGAGGAUAAUUUCAUGCUGGUGCCUGUCCAGGUUCGUGGAGUGGAUGUUUCUACCAAAUAACACCAACACGUAUUUGAGCAAGACACUGUCAGUUAUCCUUAGAGGGAUGCUGGACAGGAAUAAAAGAGUCCAGGAAUCAGCGUGCUCAUCAUUUACAUCGUUUGAGGAGUGUGGAACGACACUUUUAUUACCAUACGCAGGCCAGAUCCUACAUGUAAUCCUAAGCUGCAUAGAGCUGUACCAGUCGCGUAAUUUCAUGAUAUUAUAUGACGUAAUCGGAACAUUGUAUCAAAGUCUAGGAGAAUCAAUAACCCAACAAGCCGAACAUAAUCAGUUAAUAGAUGUUUUACUGAACAGAUUAGAGAUUGUUGGUUUGGGAGAUGUGCAGUACAUUGGCCUGAUUGAGUGUUUAAGUAGCAUCAUAUCAGUGUUGGGGUCAAAACUACCCCAGUUCUUUGUUCAGAAAAUAACUAAACACUGCGUGUCAUCACUAUGCGAAUUAGUGGGCGACAUCACUGAACUUGAAUACUUCUAUCAAUCGGUCCAAGUACUAACCGAUACAAUUUCAAUACUUCUGACAUCGACUCAAGGCUCAGUUAAUUGUAACGAAGCGUGUAAUGUUAUAAAUGGAUUAAGAAUUAGUAAUGGAAUUGACUUGGUAAUAGUGAUAAAUGAAUUGUGCUCCUCGAAAAUCUCUGUCAUACUGCAGUCGUGCAUAGCGUUGAUGGGGGAUUUGUCAAAUUCCUCAAUACAGCUAAAUCAAGAUUCGCUCAAAGUGUUGGUUGAUAAUGUGCAAAAUUACAUUAAUAACAUACAAUCUUGUCCUAAUCCCAAUGAACAAAGUUCAAUUAACAGUUCCUCAACAAAUGUACAAAGUCGACUCAACUCCAUCAAUUCACGUGAAGAAUCCGACGAAUACUAUGGAGUUGUGAAUAAUUGUGUGUGGGUAUUCGGAGUAUUAUGCGACAACCAGUUGGGGAUAUACAAUUCCAGCAAUAUCGACCUGGUGUUCUUGUUAGUGGUCAAGGUUAUUAACCUUUGCAGUAAUAACUUCUGCAUUCUGCAAAACUGCUGUGUCACACUCGGGAAGUUCUCAAACCACUUCCCAAAUGUGGCAAUCAAGUAUCUCAACUCGUUCCUAAACCCGCUCUGCAAGCAUCUGAUUCAUUCUAAAAACGAUAAAGAAAAGUUUAACACGACGCUCUCCAUCUCGAAUUUAAUACUCCUGCACCUACAGUCUAACAAUACACAGUCAGUAAACAGCUUGGGGAAUGUUAUAAAAAUCGGUAAAGAAGAGUUGGAGACGUGUAACGUGCUUUUAUUGUUUAAACUGUACAUCUCCUGUACCAAGGGCACUUUGGAUAACUUCGGAGACUCCUUUGGAACCAACUCAGACCUCAUUCAAGUUUGCGUCAACUUAAUCAAGUCACUCCUGUAUCAACACCCCAAACUCGUCCAACUCAUCGACCCCGACACGAAAAACCAGCUAAACUCACUCACCUCACUUACUUAA